AUGAAGAAAACAAGCAAAAAAGCAAAGAAGGACCUGAAACCAGCAGCGGGCAUUCAGGGCAAUGGAGCCUUUGGCUUGAAGGGGCACCGAGGUCUCCUGGCAGGGCCGGGGGGCACGGAGGCCCAGCAGCCGCAGACCACCCUGCGCCCGCUGGUGGGCCGUGUGUUUGUGCACACCUUGGACCAGGAAAGCUUCCCUCGCCUUCUUGAGCACACAGCCGUCCCCCGCGCCGCCCCCAUCACCUACCACGCCCACCUCCAGGGACACCCAGACCUGCCCCCCUGGCUCCGCUACACCCAGCGCAGCCCCCACCAGCCUGGCUUCCUCUAUGGCACCGCCACUCCCGGUGACCGAGGGCGCCAGGUCAUCGAGGUCACAGCCUAUAAUCGGGACAGCUUCGACACCACGCAGCAGAGGCUGGUACUGUUGAUUGAAGACCCAGAAGGCCCCCUGCUGCCCUACCAGGCUGAAUUCCUGGUGCGCAGCCAUGAUGUGGAGGAGGUGCUGCCUUCUGUGACUGCCAGCCGCUUCCUCACCAACCUGGGGGGACUCUGGGAGCCAGGGGAGCUCCAGCUGCUCAACAUCACCUCUGCCUUGGACCGUGGAGGCCGUGUUCCCCUUCCCAUUGAGGGCCGCAAGGAAGGGGUGCACAUCAAGGUGGGCUCGACCUCACCCUUCUCCACCUGCUUGAAGAUGGUGGCGUCCCCCGACAGCCAGGCACGCUGUGCCCAGGGCCAGGCUCCGCUGCUGUCCUGCUAUGACACCUUGGCACCCCACUUCCGCAUUGACUGGUGCAAUGUGUCCCUGGUGGAUAAGUCGGUGCCAGAGCCGGCAGAGGAGGCACGCACCCCGGGGGACGGCAUCCUGGAGCGUGACCCAUACUUCUGCCCGCCCACUGAGGCCACGGCCCGAGACUUCCUGCCCGACGCGCUGGUCACCCUCCUGGUGCCCCUGCUGGUGGCCCUGCUGCUCACGGCACUCCUGGCCUACGUCAUGUGCUGCCGGCGGGAGGGCAGGCUGAAGAGAGACCUGGCCACCUCUGACAUCCAGAUGGUCCACCACUGCACCAUCCGAGGGAACACGGAGGAGCUGCGGCACAUGGCGGCCAGCCGAGAAGUCCCCCGGCCACUGUCCACCCUGCCCAUGUUCAACGUGCGCACAGGCGAGCGGCUGCCCCCCCACGUGGAUAUCGCACAAGUGCCCCUCAUCCUGGACCAGCACUGAGGGCCUCCCCAGGUGGGUCCAGCAGGGCGGAGCGGCCUCACUUCUGGGUGUGAAGUGGCCUCUGUCCCAAGGCCGGGGCAGGUGUUGGGGGGUGAGGAGCUCAGGGAAGGGAACGGAGUACCCUCUGGGGCAGCAGGGGGACAGUGCCCAGGCUCGAGCCAAACGCUGGGUCAGAGGUGAGGCUGGGAAAGGCAGGAGGCCUGGGCUGGUCCUCACAGCGGGCCUCACGCUCUCUUCCCUCUGCUGCUCAGCUCCAGCCCUGGCCCCGUCUUCCUUCCCUCCUUACUCACGGCACCUGCCUGGUCCGAGGCUGCUCCUGACCUGAGCGACCCAGGCGUGGAAGCAGUGGGGAGUGCGGUGAGGGGGUCUGGGGUCAGGGGGCCCAGAAUAAAUGCCUGCAACCCCACUCAGCUACCAGUAACCAGGUGCUCCUCUCUGUUGCCCGCUGUCCCCCCAAUGACCCUCAUUGCCUCAGUUUCCCUUUCUGCUUCUGAGCCCCCAGAGUCAGCCGGCACUGCGGUCACAUGUUGCUGGGCCCUUGGGUGCUCUGGAGGUGCAGUGGUUCACAGCUGGGUCUUAGUUCUACAGUUCUAUGUGAGCCCAACAGUGAGGGGCCCCUGGGUCACUAGCCCCCUUUUAUAGACAGGAGCCUAGGAGAGGAAGUGAUUUGCCCAGCAGCACAGAGCUUGGAUUUGAUCCUAGCAUAUCUGCCUCCACACUGCUUUCUGGAGGGCUGAGAGGUUCUGGGAGCAGGAGAUCCCCAACCCCUGGCGGGAGAUAAGCCGUUCUAGCCAGGGAGUGGGACAAAGCCCUGUCAACCGCGCCUUCAUGGCCUCUCCCUAGGGCUGCUCUGGGGACAGGCCUGAGGGCAGAGGACACAGCUUAGCCUGAGACCUUUUUCAGCUGAGUGUCUAGCCUUGUUCCCGGGAGCCCUGGAGGCAUGUCUUCCCCAGAGGGCUACCCCAAGCAGGCCAGCUCUGCGCUCGCUGCCCAGGGCCAUCCCUGGCCACAGCUGGUCUCCCACCUGAUGCACCCUGGGAGGAGAGGCCAGAGAUGAAGACCCAGAGGAGACCCAGACCGGUGGAGUAGCAGGGGAGCCAGAAUGUGGCCGAGGCCCCGAGCCCAGCUGUCCUCUCCAAGAGCGAGGCCAGGAGAGCAAGGUCAAGGCCGCUGCCAACAUGGGCUCCAAGUGCCCUUUUGAGCUCACGCACCAGCUCUGGGACCAUCUGCUGUGCUGGAGCAGACUCUCAUCAUCCCUGUGGGGAGCGCCGGAGGUGCAGGUGGGGGCUUCCCUGGCCUCGGCUGGGGGGAGGGUAGAAGGAGCCAGGCUGCAGGCUGAAAGGCUGAGGCCCUGGCUGGAUCCCAGCGCUUGGAAAUGCAGAGGCAAGGGAGUCCCCAGAGCCCCAGAUUGCCCUGCAGCAGGCCCC